AUCUAUCGUUUAGCUCCCGAAACCAAUAUCGUUCUCUUGUCGGCAGAUGUUCCUCAGCAUGAUAUCGAAGACUGGGUGGUGGAGAGGAAAAUGAGCGAACUGACCGACAAGGAUGUACACGUUCUCGUCAAGCAAGCAUACGUUAACGAUGAAGGACAAGUUAAUCCACAAAGAACUCACCUUUUCGUCUACGCACUCGACAAAAAGACUCAUGUACCAAUCCAUCGAGAUCAACUCAAGACAAUCCUCGAACAGAGCCGUAGUGCACUUGACACAGAAUUACCUAAGUUGGCAGUAACAUUACCAGCCGUCGACUCUACCGGACGUAUUUCAAUGCUUGAGCUUGCACUGAUCUUGAUUUGCGUCAUUCUACUCCUACUCGCAUUCUGUAUGCUCUUCUACAUUGCCAAGUACUGCAAACGCCGAAUAAAAGGUGAACUCAGUGGAGAGUAUAUGGUCGACAGUCAGACAGCAGGACCACGACCGUAUGAUGUUGAACAAAUCGACCGAAAAACUGCACAAACCAUACUAUCCUCUCGACCAUUACCAGAUCCUUAUGAAGAGAGUAAAACUUACGACAAAAAGCUGAAUGGAUCAUCUGCGCAGAAUCCCGUGGAUAAUCACGAUGGACUUCAGUAUGCAAACCGAACACUCAAUGUGCCAUUGAAAGCGAGACAACUCAGCGACGCAUACGGAAAGAUUGGGCCACGAUCGAGGAACUUUAGUGGUGAUGUAAUGCAGGUGCAUACAUUAGUGAACGAAAUGGAUUCAACACUGAGCUCAACACUGAAAGCGACAAAAGAAGGUGUCCUUUUCCCAGUUUAUCGUACUCAAGGAUAUGACUCUUGA